AUGGAGACCUUACCCCCAGAGAUAUGGCUUCAGAUCAUCAACUUCGCGGCUGCAUCCGAAGGAGACCAUCUGAAGGCCCUCAUUAAUAUAGCAUUAGUUUCUAGACAAUUCCACCAUACGAUAUUCUGCAGCGAAAACGACAGUGCGAUAUGGAAGCCCGCGGCUGUCAGAUACGGGAUGCACCCCAAUACCCACCUUGACGACGUACUCUUCACGGGAACUAGCUUUCUUGAAAGCCGGUCCUGGAGAACGGUCUUUAAGUUCAUGAAAGAAUUGCAAAAGCCAUUCCCUCAUGAGUCGGAUGUCACCAUCCCCAAGGCGAAGAAAGUAGCAUGGCAGCUGCCUUCUCUCAAGGAUACCAAGGAAGGAUUCGUCAGACGGACUUUUGAAAUGGCAUGUUGUGGGAAUGGCAGGGGUCUGUCGUACAGCGUAAAGCAGCCAGUUCCCGCAGAUAGAGGCAAUAUCCUCUUCGAGGCGCGCAAUAUCGACAAUGAUAAGACCGCUGUCGCUGCUGGGCUCCUCGAAGCCGGAGAAGAAAGGGCAAGACAGGCUAGCGGGAGGCCAAGAAGAGUAGAGCGCCAUAGAUUAUUCCCCUACCCGCUUCCCGCUGGCUACAUGGUAACGGAAGAGCCAGAGAGGGGCGGAUUUGUGGUUUCGAAGAUUGAUCCCACUACUGGAAAUCCAGCAAUGUCAUGGCUAUUUGGCGACCGGCAACCCGACCGGUUUACUUCGCACAAAGAUAUCAUGGUCGCCAUCACCUAUCAUGGACCAGACGACAAGAUAUCUGAGCUUUCAAAUGCCGAAAACUGUCGGUCUAUGUUUGUAUGUUUGAAAGCCCACGACAGUCGUAAACCGGCGAACGAAAUUGCGAAGCCUAUAUGGGCAUUCGAUGUAUCUUUUGAUUGGUAUCAUCCGGAUGACGACUACAGAGGAUUUGCGCAUGUCAAGAACUUUCAUAUCACAUCGAAUUAUGUAGUUGCCCUCAUUACACGACACCCUAGCGCUAUAAUGAGGAAGAUCACAGGCACAUACUUCGUCAUCAUGGAUCUCAUGACCGGCAAGAUUGUGCGGGAAAUCAAAAUACAUAAAAAGGCUGUGUCACCAGCCGAGCCUGCUCAGCUUCCGAACAUCAACGGCCCGUUACCAUUGAACCGAGGCUCUUAUACUACUGCCUUCAGUCACGACUUUAUUCUCACUGAUAGUUUAAUUGUUUCUGGCGGUCCAGCUGGCGAAAUCCUCGUCUGGUGUAUCUCGGGCGACAAUGCAUCUGAUACUCCGAUUGCUGUUAUACCUACGGACAAGCAUAAUGGCCACCAGCUGCGCUUCACUGACCUCCAGCUCUCUGCUUGUGGAACAUACCUUGCCCUUACCUCCAGCAAACAAAUUUACAUUUACGAUAUGAUCUCUAAAAAGCUAAUUGAAGUUUAUGACAACGGUCGUGGUGUCAGCGAGGCCAACAUUUAUUCUAGCAACCCGCUCGACGACUUUUCUUCUGGUGUUUGGGUACGUUGGACAGAUUGGACACUGACUAGCGUAGAAACCUCUCAUCCCAUGGCGGUUUCAUCGCUUGUGGCAGACGAGCAAAAGUAUUGGAAGCGAAUUGGAGCUGGAGUUGCAUAUUUACAUGAGGCCGGUAUUGAGUUGUCGUACGACAACCCAUUGAGAGCCUUAACGGUCCCUAAAAGACGCCCGCGAUGGGUAAAUAAUUUGAGGAGAGCGAUGCAUGAUAAUUCAUCUUGGAUUUUCCUCACUCUUAUUGGGUUGCUUUUCGCAGCCCUGUAUGCGAUUUUAGGUGUUGGUAAAGGGUAUAUUGCUGGAUAUAUUGGUGGGGCGUUAGAGAGGGUUGUAGGAACUCCCUCGAACUUAUAG